CUGAAUCAUGCUCUUAAUACAUUCCUUUUAUUCAGCUUAUUAUGAAAUUUAUUAAUGUUGUUUAUUAUCCAAAGUAACUGGUUUUAGAAAAAUAGGUAAAUGUAAUAUCCCUAGAUAAUAUAAAUUUGUUUUUUCAUCAAUUAAAAAAAAUUAACUCAUCUCUAACCUCAUUUUACUGUUUUAUUUUCUUUGGACAAUAUUGAAAAUGUUAAAUGAUAUUUGUAUGAUGAUUUAAUUUUCUAUGUAUUGUAUCAAAAAGUUAUCAAAAAAUGAGAAGUACAAUGACCUUUUUCCAGAAUAAUUAAUUCUUCGCCCCAAAACAGUGCAAAUAAUUAUUUAAUUAUACAUUUUGCUAGGAAAUCAUAUAAAUCCAAUCGAUAUGAUUAAAGAAUAAUUAUUAAGUUAUAUCUGGGGACAACUAAAAAAAACAAAAACGUGUGGUCAUUUAUAAAUAUUCAUUUGAGCCAGUAAUACAAUUGAUAAUUUAGAUGUAUGGGGAGCUUUUUAACCAAUCAUAGCAAAGAGAUUACUUUAAUUGUACAUGAAAAUUACGAUGGCACUUAUGACCUCCUUAGUAACAAAAAAAUAUCCAUAGGGGUCAAACCAGUUUUGCAAUAGUUACACUUCUCGCGCCAUUAAUUGCAAGAAUUAAAACUAAAUUGAACAAAUUAAAUUUAUUUAUUCGAGAAGUGAUUUAACAAGAUGUCUAGGAUCUUACCUCCUGCAAAUGGACCCUUUGUCCCAGGAUGCUCAGAUAUAAUGCUGGAUUAUGAGAAGAAUGGUCUCUUUUUCAGAUUAUAUUAUCCAACUGACGCUCCAAAAGAUGCCGAGUUGCAUUCGAAAAAAAGAUAUCAUUGGAUCCCAACAGAUAUUAACACUUUAUUGGGUUACUCAAAAGUGUUGAAAAUUCCUUUCUAUAUAUUACGCCUAGUAUUUUGGUGGAACGGUAAUCCUCUGGUACCAGUUUUAUAUGGAGAAAAAGUUAAAACUAUUGAAAAUAUGAAAUGUUUAGUUUUUUCCCAUGGAUUGGGAGGACAUCGAGAUAUUUAUUCAAAAAUAUGCUACGAUUUAGCAUCACAUGGUUUUCUAGUAGCUUGUUUAGAGCACAGGGAUAAAUCAUGUGCGUAUACUUACUAUUAUGAAAGUAAAGAAAACGUAUUGAAUGAUAAAAGGACUCAUGUAGAAUUUCAACACGUUCCAUUUGGAGGAGAUCACUUAAAAAUACGCAAAGAACAGAUAAAGGUGCGAUCAACAGAGUGUUUGCAGUUAAUAGACACGUUUAAAAAAAUCAAUGAUGGGAUAGUACCAAAGAAUAUUUUGGACGAUAUUCCAGAAAACAAAAAUAACGAAUUUCGUUUGAAAGAUUUAGUUGGCAAAAUAGAUGUCGACAAUUUUACGGUUAUAGGACAUUCGUUCGGUGCAGCUACCGCGUUGGCAACUACCCCCAAAACUCCAAACGUAAAACAAUGUAUUGCUUUGGACCCAUGGAUGUAUCCAAUUAAAGAUGACAAUCUGGAUCAAAAGAUAGAUAAACCUUUACUUUUCAUAAACACGCAAACUUUUCAUAUAAAAACAAACGUUAAUGCUAUGACUAAAUUUAUAACGAAGGACAAAUUAGAAAUGUAUACUAUUCGGCAAACUACGCAUGAGAAUCAAACAGAUAGUCCUCUCAUUGUCGGUUAUUGGUUGAAUAUUUUUAUGAAGAAAUUAGAUCCAGUUGAAGCCAUUAACAUUAACAAUGCUUUGAUUAUAAAAUUUUUGCAUAAAUAUAUAGGAUUACCGAAUAAUAUAGAAAAAUAUGAAGAAAUCUUGACAAUAAGUAAGAAAAAUUUUGAAGAGGGGUUGACAAAAGCUUGGUGUUAAUUGAGACUUUUUAUUUGAUUAUUGGAAUAUUUUAAAGGUGCUAGAACUAUUGUAAAGAUUUGUUAUUCAUAUGAAUAAAUUUUUUCAAUGUAUAUAAUCUUUUUAAUUUCUGAAAUAAGUGGCCUAAUUGUAGUAUCUGAAAUAAAAGUAAUCUAUACGAA